CAGAAAAGGCAUAAAAUAUGUGUUCUAUUCUGCUGUGAACAAUAACUAUUUUUUUAACAAAAUAUAAAUACGGGCUUAUUUAUCCACACGGCAAGAAACACCUCGAGUGAGUCGGAUUUAUAUAUAUUAGACAUACAUGCGUACAUAGAAAACAUACUAGACCCAUCUUUAAAUCGUUAUCGUCUUCAUCAUCAUGAUUAGCAAAGACGCGAAGUUGCUUUCAAAAGAAGUCGACUCGCAGAACAGGGAGAUGGACGACUUCAACGUAGGAGACGAUGUGCCACUCCUUAGCCAAUCUCUGCAACACUCAGACAUUGAGGAUAAACCCCCACCCGACUACCAAAGCUCCACCUUAUUCGAGGGUAAAGGUGUCACCAUUAGAAAACACACACAGAUUGGCGAGGUUGUCGCACAGGCUUGUAACGUACCAUGGGAACAGGCUAAUCAGUACGCGAUAGCGGCACUUCCCCAGGAUAAGUGGGUUGACAGUGCCAAUGACAGCACGCGAUGGAAACCCAGUGCGGAGACAUUAACUUCUCUAGAGCGAGUGCUACACGUGCAAGAAGAAAGCUCUUUCUUUGACAGGUGUCUAUUCAAUUGGUUGGGUUGUGGUAAUCUACGACCACUACAAUUACAUCUCAGCGUAGAUGAGGAAAGCGGUGUCCUAUACACCGUACAACGUGACUUUAUGUUGGGUGGGGUGUGUGGGUGUCCACUUACAAUGGACAUGUUUAAAGUCAGUGGAGGCAACAAGGUACCCAUCGGACGAGUGCGUGAGAACUUCGAUGACUGGUUUGAUAAGUGCUUCCAGGUGUGUUGCAAAGCUACGGUAUAUCACGACGUACAGACACUGGGCCCCAAUUGGGGUGAUGGUGAACGUGAUAACACCAAGAACUAUAUAUCAGCACAACCAGGCCAUGCAGAGAAUCCAAUGUCCCAGGAUGGUCGCAAAUUCACACGCAUGCCUCAUGACGACGACUAUAAAACUGUGUAUACACUACGUGCGAACUUAUCGUGUUGUGGUCGGGUAAACAACUGCUGUGGUUCGACCUGCUUCAAGAAUGACAUGGUGUUCGACGUGUUAGAUCGCCAGGGGGUUGCCAUGGCAACGGUGCAGAAGACCUACGCACCCAGUGAGCACAUGGGGUGCAACGCUUUCUGCAGAGCGGGGCAACGCUUUUCUAACUAUCUCGUCGAGUUCCCCGAAGAUGCGACUGUGGAGGCGAGAGCGCUGAUUGUCACUUCUGUCUUCCAAUUGGACUUUCACAGGUUCGAGAAGCGCGGCGGUAAGAAUCAUUAACGAAGGCUUUUGACCAGUAAACAGCUUAUACAUAUUCAUAUAGUAGCACGACUCUGGAUGUAUCUCAUAUUAUCCAGAUAUAUUAUAAACUAAUAUAUAUUUACAUUCGCCUUCAUUUAUGGAUUUUAUGGCCCUUUAUAGUUUCCGUACAGAUUCUUACGCAGGGCAACCAGAAAUUCGUGGUUAAGUUUAAGUUUACUGUUCUUCUUAGAGAAUAAACAAAUAUAUGUCCAUAUCUUCAUGUAGAGUGCAACUCAAUUGCCGUAUCAGAUAUUGGUAGGAUGGCUUGCUGUUGACACACGGUGGGGCUUACAUUCGCCUGUGGCACCGCUUGGCUGCAGUACAGCGUUAACCAUGCAUAUCUCGGAGUGGUGGUUUGCGUUAA